AUGGAUUCAGCCUCUUCUGAACCACCUGUUGAUCCAUCAGAGUCCCGAUCAUUUCAAAGAUGGCUUCACAAAGCUGCCCAAGUAUCAGGUAUCGGACUUACCGCAGACGAACGUGACCGUGACCGGGUUGCAGUGCAGCAUCGCCGCUGCGAGCAAUGGAAGACCGAACUCCUGAAUUACAGUCCUUCAGUUGUUUUCAUGUUAAAACAUCUUAAGUUGUCCGGGUGCCUGGUACCGCCCUCCAACAUCGUGUGUGCCCCAUGCGAUCUCACGCGUUCCGGAGGCUUCCACCCUGCCGGAGCGAUUAUCCUUUGUCAGGGCCAUUUUGGAGACAAGAAGCACAUGGAGGAUACCCUUACACACGAGCUGGUGCACAUGUAUGAUCACUGCAAGUUCAAUGUUGACUGGAAAAACUUGAGACAUCACGCAUGUAGUGAAAUCCGUGCCAACAGUUUAAGUGGUGACUGCCGGUUUAUGCGUGAGUUAGGAAGGGGAUUCGUGUCAUUUUCGAAACAGCAUCAGGCCUGCGUGAGACGGCGUGCUAUACUUUCCGUCCGCGCGAAUCCCAUGUGCCCGGACGAGGCAGCAGCAGAGCGUGCGGUGAAUGAGGUUUGGGAGAGCUGCUUUGGCGAUACGCGACCGUUUGACGAGCCUGAAUGGAAAUCACACCGCCACCUGGUUAAACUCAUAAUUUUAUCAAGGGAUUUUUUUUCCAAAUGA